AUGAACGAAACCAAUUUAAGCUUGUCAACUAACCAAAAGCUUCAACCAUUUCUGUUGUUAUCAAAGUCAGUAAAAGGUGUUGCCAAUUCCAAAUUGAUCAUGGACGCUUUAAAUGCGCCUGGUGUCUAUGUCUUUACAGAAUUAUACGAGUCUCCCAACUUGGUAGAGGCAUCUACGACACCAGAGGUAGCACCUUAUUACAAACUAUUGGAAAUCUUUCUAUACGGCACCUACAAAGAUUACCAAGAAAAUAGCACACAGUUACCUACUUUAAACGACAAUCAAAUCAAGAAAUUAAAGCUUCUCUCCAUUGCAACACUGUCCGAAACACAACAAACACUCUCUUAUGAUUUAUUACAAUCCUAUCUCGAUAUACCCACCGUAAGAGAGCUGGAAGAUUUAAUCAUCGAUGCAUUUUAUCAAGGCAUUUUAACUGGUAAACUCGAUCAACGCCAACGACAAUUGCAAGUAAUGUACAGCAUGGGCCGUGAUUUGAGGCCUCAGCAAUUGAACGAAACAAUGAACGCACUUGCUGUUUGGUCAUCCAGUACAACACGUUUGUUGGGUGCUUUGGAUGCUAAGAUUGCCAGCUUACAAGAGACAGUUCAAGCCAACCAACAGGCGAACGAAGAAUACAAUAAUCAAAUUGAGCAAUUGCGUCGUGAUAUUCGUGCAAACAGCAACCUCAAAAAAAUGGAUAUCUCACCGGUGGAUGACACAUUGGCUAAAAAGAAGGGAUAUACUGGAGAGUAUGCUUCACCAGAUUACAAUAACGAGCGAGUCAAGAAAAGUAGGGGUUCAAAACGAUUCAUGGUUGGUAGACCAUAG